AUGGAGAAACUAUUUAGGAAUCCGAAGUUGAAUGUUAGUGUGAGAAUCGUUAAGAGUGGUGAGGAGGUGCUAUUCUAUGCAAAGGAUGUGGCGGAAUCCCUAGGGUACACAAACCCGCAGAAAGCUGUUAGAGACCAUGUAUGGAAAACAAACAGAACAACGGUGGGGGAGUUCCAAAGGGUUACCGAUUCGUUCACCAUGGAAAAAAGUCAUCCCGAUACGGUUUUACUAUACGAACCGGGUUUGUACCAACUGGUUUGUAAUUCCAGACUUCCGAUAGCAGAAGAGUUUCAGGGCUGGGUCCUUCCAUCGAUCCGCAAAAUAGGCUCAUACAAAUUACCAGAAUCUGAGCCGCUUUAUUGUAAACAGAUGAAGCUAAUUAAUGAAACGGACCUUCAUUAUGCUGUUGUAGAAUAUCUUAAAAAGUACCACCCAAAAGCUCUAAUCUUACCAGGACUAGGAGAGUACCAGGAUACAUCGCAAAAGAGAUGCGACGCUUGGAGGAAGGGAUAUAUGGGUGGACAGCCUGAUCUCACAAUAGUAACUCCAAGUAAUGGUUUCCACGGAUUCGCAAUAGAACUCAAGAGCCCGAAGGGUACAGGUGAAGUCAGGGACAACCAGGCGUCACGGAUAAAGGAGCUGGGAAAAACCGGAUACCGGACGCUAAUAUCUAACGAUUACACAAAGAUAGUGCUAGAUAUAGAGGAGUACUUCAGGGUUGAUAGGACAAAGAAACUUCUAAGGGAAAUAAAGAAUCUUAAGAUAAAGUGCAAGACUCUAAAGGAUAGUAAGUGUAAGGAAGUCGUAAUUCGACAAAUUGGUUACACAGUAGGUAAGUACUAG